AUGGGUGCGAGUGCUUCGACGGCGGUUGCCGCCCUGGAGCAAGAGCUCGAGCUGCUCACAAGCGAUGUCGAGUUUGCCGGCGAUGGCAAAGCCGGCGAAGAGGCGUGGCAGCGGCUUUUUCGCACGAUUCAUCAGCUGCCCCCCAAACCACACUUGCGCCAGAGCGACGUCGAACAGGCCACCCACGCGCUGUGCCUCCGCAUGACAGAGAACAACGCCAAGACGAAGAACCUUCAUCGGUUGGUCCGGUAUGCGGUGCGACUCCUGGGCAAGCUUCAGCUUCAACAGGAGCCCGGACCGGGUGGCGGUGGCGGUACCUCGGAGACCACGGCGGCGGCUGCUGCGGAUGGCCCGCCGCCACCGGUGGAGGAAGACCCGACGACGCUCCUCAACGCUCUCUACCUCGUGCGGGUGUUCAUCAAGCACCUCAUCGAAACCACCGACGCCCGGCAAUUGCUUGAACAGCUUCAGAGUGAUGCUGAGCGUGGCACAGCCCAAGCGGAGACAGCGGCUCUAUUGGUGCAUGCCUUGAUGGACUACUGCUCACAGCAGCCAGUGGGACCCGACAUCUUUGAUACCUACAAGGAGUCGCUAGAGCUGCUUUUGGUGCUGAUGUCCACGAGACUGUAUCGGUCCUUCACCACAGCAACGGAGGAGGACCAUCCGUUCCUCGACGCCUGUCUACGGUAUCGACGGGCCAACAGAUUCGCGCGUGCCAUGCUCCUGAACUACAUCAGCGCGCCCCAGCCGGCACCGGCCGCUCCCGCCCAAUCGAGUGACUCCAUCAGCACAACAACCGCCGGCCAAGCGGCCACGCGAUCACUGAGCCAACUGUCGCUGUUCGUGCUGCUGGGGCUCGCGAUCCACACCACUCCGUCCUCCUUCCCCACCCUCCACACCAACCCCUUCCGAAACCAGCUCGCCACAUUCCGCGACCUCUACUCUACUGCCCCUCAUGGAGGCCCUAUGUUGGGGGAGGUGACGUGGUACAAGGAGCGCUACAUGCGCGACAUCUCGCUGGGCAGCCUCCUCGUGGUGGUCCUCGUGCGAACCGUGCACGUCACCCUUUCCAAGCUUCGCGACUCGUACUUGCCGGUUCACUGUCUGGCGGCGUUGGGCAACAUGUCCAUGUACCUGGACAACCUGCACCCGUACGCGGCUCACCGCCUCAUCAAGCUUUUCGAGAUGUACUCGCGACGGCACAGCUCCCUCCUACGCCGCAUCAACAAAGGUUGUCUCGCAAUUCAAGAUGAGGACUCCUCGACUGCCACACAACAAAGGCCGGCGGCGUUGACGCGUUCAUCAUCGUUUCUCAUGCUGCCGGUGGCUGACAAUGAGGUCAAGGCUUUGAAGCGGUGCCGACCUGACCUCGACACCGCACGUGCAAAGCUGGCGCUGGCGAAUGCGGAGUCGUGCCUGGAGGUGGUGCUGGAGAUCCUCAACUCGUGCCUGACCAACGCGCUCCGAGCGAACCCGCAGCUCUCCUACGCGCUGCUCCACGACAAGGCCCUCUUCCCUCCCUACGCGCAGCACCCCCGCUUCUCACACUUGCUGCACAACAUUCAGGCGGUGUUGCACCACUUUGAGUUCCUCCUGACGCAGGCCGAGAUCACGGAGUAUACCACGGAGGCCAUCCUGGAGGUCAUCCAGCGCGGGUCGCUGACGUGGCAGUCGCGCGAGUACCCGCUGCAGUUCACCUACGAGGAGGAGGAGAACGCGCACCACUUCUUCGCGCCCUUUCUGUGGAACACCAUACGCCAGGGCACCGCCGCCGACUUUGCCUGGAGCCCGGCCAACAUGCAGCUCGCGGCCCUUCUCCCCUCCGCGGCCAGCCGACCACUCGACGGCGCCACGGCCCCACCACCAGCCACCUAG